AUGUCCGAGGCAGCAAGGCGAGCGCAGAUCAUGUCGACCAACAAUUUCACGGGGACAGCCGCUGUCGCGUAUCAGAAGGCCUUCUGGAUUUUGUACACCAUUGAGAAGAUUACCAGUUUUCACUUUGGAAGGAGUUCGAGCUUUGUUGACAGCGACAUCUUCUGUCCCAUACCCCUUGUCCCUGAAGCAACAGUGGGUGACUUUAACUGGUUCCUGCACUUCAUACGAUUCGGACGUCUGCUAUCACGCGCAUACACCUCGCUUUUCUCAGUGGGCGUUUCGGGCAACUCCAACUCAUACUACCUGGAUGUAAUCAGCCAGCUGACAGAUGAGCUGGAAGAGUGGAGGUCCUCGUUGCCUGACAACGGAUUCAAGCCGGACGGACUUCAGCCUUCUACUGACACUGUCGAGAACAACCUUGCUCUUCUCGACAUGGCUGCCGGCCACUUCAGCAGGAUCGAAUACGCAAGUGGCGGGACCCUGCCAGGCUCGCUCAUCGCCGAAUUCGCCAAGAUCGCGAGGGACUAUGUGAAUGAGAUUCAACAUGGCGACAUCAGAAUAUCUGGCCUCGCGCGCUCAUCCACGGCGACGCAAGACCUGGGCACAUCUCUCGCCAGACCGCCGUCUAGCAGGAACAACAUGAAACCCAUGGAAAUGACGCUGGACCUAUCAAAUACCAUGCCUGGUGACGCUUUCACGACCACUGCCAUGACCAUGCCGUCAAGCUUUGCCGACUUUUCCUUCGACAAUGGCCUUGAUCAAGUCUCACCCGGCGCAUUGAUGGGAACGGACGUGAUGGGAAUCUUUAGCUACUUUCUGCCGGACUUGGAUCCCAUGUUCUAUCAGGGGCUUUCUGCAGACAACGCGACACCCGGAAAGGGCCCGCACGUCUUGGCCUGCGUUUUCUGCCAUCAGCGCAAGAUCAAGUGCGACCGAAAGUCCCCCUGCGCCAACUGCAUCAAGGCCGACCAGCCGUGUAUCCCCUCCACGCGGGCGCCCGCGGGAGCGGGUAGGAGACGCGUGGUUAAGGACUUGUUGGAGAGACUCAAUCAGUGCGAGUCGCUUCUGAGCCAGGUCGCGCCGCGCGAUGUGGAAGGACGCCCCUUCACGAGUGAGACGCCCCCAGCGUUCCGCGAUGUAAUGACGACGGCGUCGGCGGCGGCGGUGGCGGAUAGCCCGUCGAUGAUGUCGUACGUGAGCUACGAGGAAGCUCGCAAGCAGCCGGACCAGAGGCCCACUGGCAAGAUCGUUGUUGAUGAGGGACGUCGUACGUUUAUGGACAGCCCCCUACGCUCCAAUGUCGUGGAUCAUUUGCAGUUGCAAUUCUCGAAGCUCAGUCUCAAUGAUCAAGCCGAUGAGAGUACCGGCGCCUCAAACACCCCCUCGGUAGCAAACACUACUGAGGAUGGAAGCUUGGACAGCCGUGAGUCCAUGGACUUUGAUAUCCUGGCCCUCGGCGCGGUAGAGAUGCUGCGCCUAUGGCAGGUCUUCUUGGAACGGGUGAAUCCGAUGACUAAAGUCAUUCACGUUCCCAGUUUAGAGCCGCUCGUGUUCGAAGCUGCAACAGAUCACGGCAAUGUGGCCCCUGACUUUGAGGCCCUACUCUGUUCUAUUAACGUCCUAGCAAUCAUGGCUUUAUCCGAGGCCGAGUCUGAACAGAUUCUGAACGUUUCGAAGAACGCAGCUCUAAGGAAAGCCAGCCUUGCUCUGAAAAAGGCAGUAUCUAAAGUCGACUUUCUCCGUAAAUACAACCUUACCAUAUUACAAUGUCUAGUCUUGUACUUGGUAUCGCUCCAGGGACAGUUCGAUCGCCACGCGUCAUGGAUCCUGACAGGGAUGCUCGUCAGGAUAGCCCAGAGAAUGGGACUUCAUCGCGACGGAGAGCUAAUCGGCCUUACACCAUUCGAGACCGAGAUGCGCAGACGGAUAUGGUGGCAAAUCAUCAUGCUCGAAACUAAAUACGCCGUUCUCGCAGGAUUCUGCGAUACGCUAUUGCCGCCAAAUUGGGACACCAGGCUGCCCAGUAAUCUCAACGACGCGGACCUCCUGCCUGGUUCCUUAGAGCCCUUAAGGUCCCGAGAAGGCGCCACUGAGAUGGCAUUCUGCCUAAUGUUGUACGAAUCACGGCAUUUCUUCUGCGAGAACCCCGUCCCGGAAUUCGAAUCUGUCGUCUUAGGCCAGGGAGAUCUGAAUGCGGAUAGAUCAAAGGCCAUUGAAGGACCACAGUCCCUGGACAAGUACCGUGUGAUAGUGGACCAGCUUGAAGAACGACUCAUCUUGGCAGAGAAGCGAUAUUGUAACCCGACCAUUGGAGGGAUACACGUCUUGGCCUGCAAACUUCGACCUCUCGUGGCCCAGCGGAUGCGCGACAUGAUAGCCCACGCUCGAGAACCCUGGAAGGAGGACGCGGAUAGCCUUGCUGGCCAGCAAUCAUUAUUCAGGCUCUGGGUCAUCCACUUCGAGAGUGACCUAAACUGGUACGACACUAUCGACGACCGGUUCCGGUGGUACCCCAAGCUUCACCUCCAAGCAGACGCAUUUUCUGUCAUGAUCGAGUUGUUGCAGUGGCAGCCGGUGGGAACUUUGGUCGAUAGGGCGUGGAAAGCCAUCGACAGAGUCUACUUUUACCACCCGGAGCUCUAUGAUCUCAGCAAGCGGGAGAACGUGCAACGUGCGGAGAAUUUGCUGGCUGGAUGGCAAAGACGCGAGCUGGCGUUCCGCAACGUUGGCCAGAGCAUCGAGACACCAGUUGUGAUCGAGAGGCUUCGGGGCAGUGGCAACUUCCCAGCAAGCAAGGCGGAAUCCUUUCCGGAGUCGUUUCCAACCGCCACAGCAGACUCCACCUUGUUUCCCGGUCUUCAUAACUCUGGAUUUGAAGGAUUCGAUGGGAACGUGCUUCUCAACACCGACGCGGCCUCGUUCUUUUGGGAUGGUGUAGGGGAACAUCACGCGCAUUAG